AUGGCCAAGGAGUAUCAAUUCAAUUGGAGGUCAAAUAUUUCUGAAACACUUCUGCUGGGAUCAUACUUCGAUCGAUACGACGAUGAGAGUACUUGUCUGGAUCUCAAUGCCCACUUUCGUGUCGAUGAGUACGGGUUUUUCUUGUAUUGGGCAUGCGAAGGACGCGAUACGAUUGUCAUCGAUCUUGUCCAGGUAUGGGAGGCACGCCCAGCGGGUUUGCCAAAAGACGGUCGAGUGCUGUUCGAGUUAGAGCAACGUGGUCCUCGGGAAACGCUGGAGGAACGAACCAUUUGGAUGACGCAUGGCGUUGAUCUUGUGAACAUCAAUAGCUUUUUUAUUGUCGCACAAGACGUUGAAACUGCUAAGGUUAAUUAUAUUUUAUGCUUGUUUUGUCGUUAUNCCAGCAAAUGA